UCGAAAUGACCCUUGACUCCUCUCCAAUUUACGAAACUCAACCACGCGGGCGCCAACUCUCCUCCUGUAUCGUUAACCAUCUGUCUCCCAUUUGACUUCUUGUAAAGCCAUUUAGGGUUAGGGUUUUCAGGGUCUGAGAUUUCUGAAACCCGUUCCGAUCGGAUUUUGUCAGCUUUUAAUUUUAAUUUUUGAAUGUUUUGAUUUUUAUGUUCUUUAAUGUCUCUGUAACAUAAAGAGGAUUAGGGUUAGGGUUUUGAAUUUUUUUUCUUGUUUUGGUCUGUAUUGGAUAUGGAAAUGGAGAGCACGCGUAGAUCCAUUGAUAGGUCUAGAGAGCCAGGUUUGAAGAAACCUAGAUUGGCGGAAGAGGCCGAACGGGACAGGAGUUCGAACGGGGUAGUCGAUCGUGAACGACCAUUUCCGCAGAGAGUUUCUUCCGUUUCCGGUGCCGGAGCUGGACCGUUGCUCUCAAGGUUUAGAACGAACGAGAGGGAGAGAGAUGAUUCUGUUCGAGGGGCAUAUCAGCAACAACAGCAGCUUCAAGAACUUGUUAGUCAGUACAAGAAUGCUCUUGCAGAGCUCACCUUCAAUUCGAAACCAAUCAUCACUAACCUGACUAUUAUUGCCGGGGAGAACCUACAUGCUGCAAAGGGGAUCGCUGCCACUGUCUGUGCGAAUAUUCUUGAGGUUCCUAGCGAGCAAAAGUUACCUUCUCUCUACCUUUUAGAUAGUAUUGUAAAGAAUAUUGCGAGAGAUUACAUAAAGUACUUCGCUGCAAGAUUACCUGAGGUAUUUUGCAAGGCCUAUAGACAAGUUGACUCCUCAAUUCAUCCUGGUAUGAGGCAUUUAUUUGGGACUUGGAAGGGGGUAUUCCCCUCUGCAACCCUUCAACUCAUUGAGAAAGAACUAGGAUUUCCACCAGCCAUUAAUGGUUCAUCAUCAGGAACCACUGCAUCUAGGCCUGAUUCUCAGUCACAACGCCCUCCACAUAGCAUUCAUGUAAAUCCUAAGUACCUAGAGGCGAGGCAGCGCCUUCAGCAAUCAAGUAGGAAUGUUCCGCGUCCUCAGAAGGAAGCAUUGAGUGAGCCUGUUCAUGAGAAGAGCAGUACAGCAGGAUUUGGGGAUUAUGAAUAUGGUUCUGAUAUUUCAAGAAGCUCCAGUUUGGGAGUUGGAAGAGCUAGCGAGAGAGUUACUGAACGAGAGGGACCUGGUAAGCCUUGGUUUGGAGUUGGUGGCAAUGUUACAGAUGCAAUUAUUGGCCCAAGGAAUGGAUUUGAAACCCAACAUGGGUUCCAAAACUACCCGCCACCCAGAUCUGCCCAGCCUGUUGUGCAGAUGCAACAAGCACAAAGCAUUGCAAGUAGAAACAGCAGAGGGGUGUCUAGGAAUUGGAAAAACUCGGAGGAAGAAGAAUAUGUUUGGGAUGAUAUGAACUCCAGAUUGGCUGAUCAUGGGGCUCUGGAUAGCUCAAGGAGAGAUGGUUUGACACCUGAUGAUGCAGAAAAUCUGGAUGUUGAUGACCACCUAUCACAAACUCGGAGUGAACAUGAAUUUGGGUCAAGGAUUACAAGAGAAACUUCAACAGAUAUACCUGUAACAGAGAGAGGAAAAUCUGGAUUUGGGCAUCGGACAUCUUCAGGGUGGCCAUUAGAAGAGCCACUUCUGAUUUCAGGCAAAUCAGAAGGACAGCUUGUAUCUUUUGCCAGAACAGGUCUUCGAGUGCCAUCUCUUGUUGGAGCUCCAAGCACUGGAUCUUUGACAAAUGCAGGAUCAGGAUCCACUGGAAUAUUGGGGCAACAACGGCAUAAGCCUCUCAGACCAGCUUCCCCAUCUGGACAGUUGUCCAUGCACCAGCGUCCCCACUCACCUUCAUCUUCAGCAGUCCAUCAGCAUCAACAAGCACAGGAUAUGACUGAUCAGCCCGGUCCCCAAUCAUCACAACCUCCAGGAUCAUUGAACCGGAUACCUCAAAUUUCAGUUUCUCAAGAUUCUUUUCCAAUAUUGCCUCAAAAUCAGAUCCAUCCAGGUCCUUUGCAGAAUUUGCAGUCAAAUCAUUCACAGCUCCCUCAGCAUUUACAGACAUCAUCUUCCUCAGUUCGCUUGCCCCAAUUAAGGCAUGGUCCUUUCUCUCAUCAGCAGCCUCAGUCUGAACAAAACCAAUCUCAACUAUCUGGUCAAACCCAGAAGCCACUUUCUCAAGCCUCAAUUUCUGGAAUGCCACAAGCAGUAGGUUUGUCUGCUUCAGGCCAUUCUAAUAAUCCUGCUACAGAGACCUCGGGAGAAACGAGUACAAGUAGUUUGUUGGCUGCAAUUAUGAAGAGUGGCCUACUUUCAAAGGUUUCAGCAACUAGUAGCCUUCCCAACCUGAAUUCUCAGGAUUCAGGGGUGCAGCCUUCUAAUUUGAAUAUCCAGCCCCCUUUGCCAAGUGGACCACCUCCUUUCCAGCUUACGUCCUCUGCACCAACUUCUGUAUCAGGUCUGGCUUCUCAUGUUAGUGCAUCAUCUCUAACAGCAACUGCCCAGAGAGCAUCUGGACUACCUCCUCUUCCACCUGGUCCUCCACCGUCCUCUUCUGUUUUAGGUAGUACUUCACUGCAGACAUCGAGCAUGGCCAAUGCUGUCCCAAACCCAUUGUCAAACCUUUUGAGCUCAUUAGUUGCAAAGGGCUUGAUAUCUACAUCAUCAACGGAGUCACCAACUCUGACCACAACCCAAGUUCCAAGCCGGCUUCAGAAUCAGAGCCCCAGUCCGGUGACUAGUAGCUCCAUGUUGGUUUCUUCAGGUCCCAUUUCGUCAACCGUUCCUACAACCUCCAGGAGUGAGGUAAAUUUAUCAGAACCUGUGGUGAAACGCCCAAAUGCCUUGUCUCAAGUCUCUACAACACAGACAGAGGAUCUUAUAGGCACUGAGUUUAAACCAGAAAUUAUUCGGGAAUCACAUCCAUCAGUGAUCAAUGGCCUCUUUAAUGACACUCCUCAUUGUUGUGAUGUAUGUGGCCUUAGACUUAAACUGCAAGAACAACUUAAUAGACACAUGGAGUGGCAUGCUUCAAAGAAACCUGAAUCAAGUGAUUAUGCAAUUUCGAGGAGAUGGUAUGCAAGUGUGGCUGACUGGGUUGCUGGGAAUGUGGGACUUCCAUCUGGACCUACAAUUAUUACUACUGUUGAAGAGGCGGUGAAGACAUCAGAGGAAGGUGAACCAAUGAUCCCUGCUGAUGAAAGCCAGUGUAUAUGUGCAUUAUGUGGGGAACUUUUUGAAGACUUUUACAGUUAUGAAAGAGAUGAAUGGAUGUUCAAGGGAGCUGUUUAUAUGACAAUCCCAGUGAGGGAAGGCGAGAUAGGAACUACUGAUAAGUGUGCUGCCCAAGGUCCUAUUGUGCAUUGCAAGUGUAUAUCACGCAGUUCAGUUUAUGAAUUGGGACUCUCUGCGCAUAUUAAAAUGGAGAUAGAUGGAUGAUGCUCUGAAGGGAAGAAUGCGAACCAUUUCUUGUAAUAUGGGUACAAUCAAUAAAAGCUGACGUGGAUUACCCAGGUUUUUAUACUUGUAACAGCUUAUAUGUGCAUGAUAAUUGUCAUGCUGUUGGUCUGUGCC